AUGGCAACCAAGCGUCCUCACAGCGAAGUCCACCCUUCGCGUCGCGAACAAGUGCCUGGCCAAGAGAAGAAACGCAAGGUCAACCCCAACCCGCACCGCAAACUCGAGCGCAAGGCCAACCCCGUCAACCCCAUCAAAUCGCGCAUUCGCAGUCUGAACCGUCUGCUACAACACAAGGAGAACCUCCCCGCCGAUGUUCGCCUCAACCAUGAGCGAGAGCUAAAGUCUUGCGAGUACGACCUCGCUCAAGCCGAGAACCAGCAACGCAAGAAAGACCUGAUUGGCAAAUAUCACAUGGUGCGCUUCUUUGAGCGACGGAAAGCAGAGCGUCGCCUCAAGAAGCUGGAGAGAAGAGCUAAGGAAGGCGAGGCUGAUCUUGACGAGCAAAUACACGAGGCCAAGGUUGACUUGAAUUACUCCAUGUACCAUCCUCUGGACAUGGUCUACUCGGCACUGUGGCCGACCAAGGGAAAGAAGGAUGCCGAUGGUAAUGAGAUCGAAGUCGAGAAGCAGGGAGACCCGGACAUGUGGCUGGUUGUCGAAAAGUGCAUGGAAGAGGGUAAACUCGACGCUCUGAGGAACGGCAAGCUACUGAAGUCUGCUCCUGCCCGACUCGACAACGACGACAGCAUUGGCCAAAAGGCGUCGAAUGCCAGGGCAAAGAAGGAGAAGAAGGACAAAAAGGACAAGGACAGAAAGACAGCACAAAGGCCUGCGAAGAAGGCCGACGAGGAUCAAGUCAUGGGCGGGCAGGAAGAGGACGAGGACAGCGAAGGAGGCUUCUUCGAGUAG